AUGCUCUUGGAGCAAGGCAACGCAUCGCAAGGAGGCCUAAGAAACGAAUGCCGUUUUGGCGUUCAAGUGACGGCGGACGUGCUUGCCUACAAUGCCUUGCUCGGCGCGUUUGCUUCUGAGGCGGACUUCGAAUCAGCCUUCAAACUCAUCAAGGACAUGGAAUCGGGAACCUUGCGUGAUGUAGCACCGGACGCUUCGAGCUAUGCUGCAGUGGCCAAUGCCGCUUGCGCGUGUUCAUCCUCAAGACGGCAAAGGCAUUACUUUAUGGGCGUUGCUGAAGAAUUGGUUGAUCAAAGCCGAGAAGCUAUGGUUGAGGUGGAUGCUGCUGCUUACCAAAGGCUCCUGAGGCACAGUGCAAGACAAGGAGAUGCAGAGCGCGUCGGUCGUUUGCUCCGACGCAUGUCUUGCUUGGAAGCAUCUCCCCGUCCUUCCGCACUUCUGGAGGCUUUGCAGGCUUGCAGCACGGCACCCUUCGUCGGCUUCGCGCACAACCUUGCGACUUCAAAAGGAGCCUGUGCUGAGCGCACAGCGUUCCUGCUGGCGCGGCCUUUGGCUGAGCUUGGCGAUUGGCGAGGAGUGCAGAGGCUGCUUGGAAGGUCUCAGGAUUCAGCGACCGCCGCGGGUGCCAUCUUGCAGCUCAUGGCCCUGGCCGAAGCAGUUCCAAGGAAGCGGCGGCUGAGCAUGGAAGCGGCAGCAGACUUCAUGAGGGCAGGAGGGCGGCUGUCAGCUGAGUACUCGGACUGCAGGGACGUCAGCUUAGGAAGCCUGUCAGCAGCCGCGGUGCUGCUCCGUCGCAGCCUUGGUGGCCGCACAGUUCCUGGGCGACGGCGUGGUGCGGCUGCGGAGGAGAAGCGGAGGUCUGAGGACAGAGGGAGGCCGAGUCCGCAGCAGAAGUAUCGAGAAUCUGCAGAAGAGCGAGGUCUCGCAGCAGCUGCUCGGCUUGCAGCUGCUGUGGCAGCCGCAACCAGCAACUGCCAGGGUCCCCAGGCCCCUCCAGGCCCUGGAGAUCGUUUCCGGCUUAGGCGUCACAGCGCCAUCGGAUGCUGCAGGACUGCACCUGGACAGCCAACUCCCGCAGUGCGACAGGCCUGGAAGUCAGAAAAGGAGGAGAAGGAGCUGAAGGAGCUGGAGAAACGAGAGCGUGAUCGAGCGCCAGCACGGGAGCGGUGUGAAGCUCGGCCACGUGUGGCGCCGGGCGAAGUCGCUCCGCGAGCCUUCGAGACUUCUCCGCGCCCUCGUCUCACACGCGCGCAGAGUGCGCGUCGCCCUACAAGGCCCUCAGCGCCCGAACGGGCAAGGAGUGCCGAUCCACGCCGGCGUCAGGAGGGCGGCUUCGUUCCAGAGCGCCGGGAGGCUUGUGCUGUCGCAUCUCAAACCUUUCCUCUGCCACUAGCAUGCUCCAUGCGGCUGCACGGCGAAGCACGGGGCACAUCCUCACAGCAGCAGCUGCUGCCGUGGCUGGACGUCGGGUACUCUGUAGCUAAAUUCCUCGGCCGCGGCGCCAGCGCAAGCGUUUGGGAGGCCGUGAGAAGUGACAACGAGCAGCGAGUUGCUGUCAAGGUCUUUGACCAAGGCCAGCGUGAUAAGCGCCAGGCCCACCGAGAGAUGAAAGUGCUUUCGAGAGUGCGCCACCCUCGAAUCGUGGAGGCCUUCGAAGUCAUUGAGACACCCCGCUAUGCACAACUGGUUUGCGAGCUUGUGGACGGCGAGUCCCUGCGAGCCUUCUCACAUCGCCAGCCCUGCCACAAGCUCUCUGAGCAGGCUGCGCGGCAUUACUACCGGCAGGUCGUGGAGGGCGUGUCUGUGUGCCAUGACCGGCUUGUGGCACAUCGAGAUUUAAAGCUCGAGAACGUGCUCCUGGAUAAAGGCCGAGAAGGAGUAAAGAUCAUCGACUUUGGUUUCGCUGCGCAUGUGCCGAGCAAAGAAACGAAGCUCAAAGCUUUCUGUGGGACGCCAUCGUACAUGGCUCCCGAGAUCAUCCGCGGCGAGGGCUAUUCAGGCUUCGCAGCUGAUGUCUGGGCUUUGGGAGUGGUGCUUUUUGCAUUACUCUCCGGCACUUUGCCUUUCUCUGCGAAAACAGAGAUGCAGCUAUACGCCCGGAUUCGACGCGGCACAUUUUCCUUUCCGGAUUGCUUGGGUGAGGCUCAGAAGCGACUCAUCCGGGGAGUCAUGCGCAAAGAUGCUGCUGUAAGGCCAUCGGCAUCUGCACUCCUUCAGCAUGCCUGGGUGGCUGGGCGCGACGCCGAUGCAGAUCCAGGAAGAGAUGUGUGGCAUAUGAAUUCACAAAAAGGCUAG